UAUAAAAGGUGAGAAAGUUUCUGUGUAUUCUCAUUCCUUUCUUACACAGGACAGAUAAACGUGUGUGGUCGACUGAACUGAGUUGAAAGAGGUUGAAUACACAUUCAUCGUUUUUGUGAAGAUUACUAAAGAUGAAGACUUUAGGGUUGUGGCAUCUCCUACAAAUUCUUACAUGCAUUCUGCUACUUACUCCCUCAUUUUCUAAAGAUGAUAGAAAGAUUUACAUAGUGUACAUGGGCGAACAUCCGAAGGGCAUGGAACAGACAGAAUCACUUCAUACUAGUAUGAUUCAAAGUGUCAUCAGCAGAAAACUUGCACCAGACACUUUGGUGCACAGCUACAAGAGUUUCAAUGGAUUUGUGGCCAGGCUGACCAAAGAAGAAUCAGAAAGAAUGAAAGGAAUGGAUGAUGUGGUUUCUGUUAUUCCAAACAGAGUCCACAGUAUCCAAACAUCAAGGUCCUGGAACUUCAUUGGCUUCCCUGAAAAUGUGCAAAGAUCAAAGGUAGAAAGUAACGUAAUUGUUGGAGUACUGGAUACUGGAAUUUGGCCUAAUUCCUCAAGCUUCACCGACGGAGGUUUUGGUCCACCACCACAGAAAUGGAAAGGAACAUGCCAGAACAUCACCUGCAAUAACAAAAUAAUCGGAGCAAAAUAUUUUGGUCUUGGGAGUGAAUUCGGGCAAGACGACACAAUUGAUACGAUUGGUCACGGGUCUCACACUGCAUCCACUGCUGCUGGAAACUCGGUAAAGAAUGCAAAUAUGUUUGGGCUUGGGUCAGGAACAGCAAGAGGAGGAGUUCCAUCAGCACGCAUUGCUGUGUAUAAAGUGUGUUGGAGAAGUGGUUGUAGAGGUGCUGAUAUUCUUGCAGGGUUUGAUGAAGCCAUUAUGGAUGGUGUUGACAUUAUAUCUAUUUCAUUGGGACCUAGCGUCGCCAGAUUCAUCGAUUAUUUUGAAGAUGAAUUUGCAAUAGGAGCCUUCCAUGCAAUGAAGAGAGGAAUAUUAACUUCUAAAGCUGCAGGCAAUGGGGGUCCCGACCGUUACACAAUGACAAAUCCUGCUCCCUGGAUAAUUUCUGUGGCUGCCACCACUAUAGACAGAAAGUUUUUAACCAAACUCCACCUGGGCAAUGGCCGAAUCUUCCAGGGAGUGUCAUUGAAUAUGUUUAGUCCAACACAGAAAAGUUACCCUUUAAUUUAUGCGGGAGAUGCAGCAGCUCGUCGAUUUGGUAGUUCUUUGUCCAGGUUUUGUUUUGAAAAUACUUUGGAUGGAGCUCUGGUAAAAGGGAAAAUUGUUUUGUGUGAUGGCUACACUCCUCCUCAAUAUGUGGGAUUUGCUUCUGGAGCUGCUGGUCUUAUAUUCACUAGUACAUUGACUCUAGUUGGACUAGAUGUAUAUACAUUGCCAACAAUUCACAUUAACGAGAGUGAUGGGAAUUCCGUAACUUCUUAUUUAAAGUCAACAAGUAAUCCAACAGCAACCAUAUUCAGGAGUUACGAAGAAAAAGAUUCAUCAGCCCCUUACGUUGCUCCUUUCUCCUCAAGAGGUCCAAAUAUUGUCACUCCAAACAUUCUUAAGCCUGAUAUAGCAGCUCCAGGAGUUGACAUUUUGGCUGCAUGGUCUCCGGUUUCUUCAAUUUCUGGUGUUAAAGGAGAUAAAAGAGCAUCGAAUUUCAUUAUAAUAUCUGGAACUUCCAUGGCAUGCCCUCAUGUUACUGGAGCAGCUGCUUACGUCAAAUCUUUUCAUCCCAAUUGGUCUCCUGCUGCAAUAAAAUCCGCCUUGAUGACAACUGCUACCCCUAUGAAUCCUGCACGUAAUCCAGACGCUGAAUUUGCUUACGGUGCGGGCCAAAUCAAUCCUUUGAAGGCGGCAAAUCCUGGACUGGUUUAUGAUGCUGAUGAAAAUGAUUAUAUUAGUUUUCUGUGUGGACAAGGUUACAAUUCAACAUCGCUGCAAAAAGUUACAGGAGAUAACAGCACUUGUACAUCAGCAAAUAAAGGAUCGGUUUUGGACCUUAAUCUCCCAUCUUUUGCUCUAUCAACCCCUCGCUCAAGCCACAACAAUGUCACUUUUGGUAGAACUGUCACAAAUGUUGGAUCAGGUACAUCCAAAUAUAAGGCCACAGUAAGUGCACAUCCAUCUUCUUUAAACGUGGAAGUAGUGCCAAAUGUUUUGACCUUCUCAUCGUUGGGUCAGAAGCUGUCCUUUACCCUUAGGAUUGAAGGAAGCAUUAAUGCAGACUUUGUUUCUUUUUCCUUGAUUUGGGAUGAUGGCACUUUCAAGGCAAGGAGUCCCGUUGUUGUUUAUGUUCCAUAAAUUUAACAGCCUAAUACUGUAAUGAAACUAUCCAACAAAAGUUUAUUGAG